AUGGCGGACGACGGGGCCGCGGCGGCGGCUUUGGCGGAGAAGUUCCUGACGCCCGACGAGCCCUUCCCUCUGCUGGGGCCCCCGCGCGGCCCGGGCACCUGCUUCAGCGAGGAGUCGGGCUGCCUGGACGUCAGCGACUUCGGCUGCCAGCUGUCCUCCUGCCACCGCACCGACCCCUUGCACCGCUUCCAUACCAACAGAUGGAACCUAACUUCCUGCGGAACCAGUGUGGCGAGCUCUGAAUGCAGUGAGGAGCUCUUUUCAUCAGUUUCUGUCGGUGACCAGGAUGAUUGUUAUUCCCUGCUAGAUGACCAGGAGUUCACAUCUUUUGAUUUAUUCCCCGAGGGAAGUGUCUGCAGUGAUGUCUCUUCUUCUAUUAGCACUUACUGGGACUGGUCAGACAGUGAAUUUGAGUGGCAGUUACCAGGCAGUGACAUUGCAAGUGGGAGUGAUGUGUUCUCUGACGUCAUCCCCAGCAUUCCCAGCUCACCAUGCCUGCUUCCCAAGAAGAAAAACAAACACCGCAACCUAGAUGAGCUCCCCUGGAGUGCCAUGACAAACGAUGAGCAGGUUGAAUAUAUUGAGUACUUGAGUCGUAAAGUCAGUACUGAAAUGGGUCUUCGGGAACAACUUGAUAUCAUUAAAAUUAUUGAUCCCACUGCACAGAUCUCCCCUACAGACAGUGAGUUUAUUAUUGAACUGAACUGUCUCACAGAUGAAAAACUCAAACAGGUGAGAAACUACAUCAAGGAGCAUGGGCCUCGCCAGCGGGCCAUGAGAGAGCCCUGGAAGAGAAGCAGCUACAACUGUGGCAGCACCAGCGGUGUGAGCGGCGCCAGCGCCAGCAGCAGCAGUGCCAGCAUGGUCAGCUCUGCCAGCAGUACUGGUUCCAGCGUGGGCAACUCCGCUUCCAACUCAAGCGCCAACAUGAGCCGGGCACACAGUGACAGCAACCUGUCCACCAGUGCAGCGGAGCGGAUUCGAGAUUCUAAGAAACGUUCCAAGCAGCGGAAGUUACAGCAGAAGGCCUUCCGCAAGAGGCAGCUGAAGGAGCAGAGGCAGGCCCGCAAAGAGAGGCUGAGCGGGCUCUUCCUCAAUGAAGAAGUGCUGUCUUUGAAAGUGACCGAAGAAGAUCAUGAAGGAGAUGUUGAUGUUUUAAUGUAACCAGGGUGAAUUUGGCCGUGGGGUUUCUAAGCCUUAACAUUAUCCUCAGAGUUUAUGUGGAUUUUUGUUUUUUAACCAAAAUUUUGAUUAGAGCUAUGCUGAUGAUUUAGGUAAAUGUUUGACUCCUCAACUUAAGUGUAGUAAUGAAAGUGGCUUUUUGCAAAAAGACAAAACGCUUUUCCAAGUUAGAAGACUUCACAGGUUGGUUUGUAGUUAAAUCCAUUAAUGUUGAUGUGUAGAUUUAAAAUCACUCUACAAGGUAGAUGAUUCUCUUUGUGGUAGUACCAGUUGAGUUUCUCCAAAGGGUUGCUGUUUCUGUGUUUGAUGCCCAGCUGAUGGUUUUGUGGUGUUGGGGGCAAGGAGGCAGGGCUGCAGGUGAAGGCACCGUUUGUAUAUUUUUUAGGGAGUAUUGUCUUGUGUCUUCACCUGUUAUUUAUUCAUAAAAUCAUAGAUAUAAGAUUAGAAUCUACUUUUCUUCUUUCCAUUCUUUGUGAAGUCAAAAUCCCAUUGGAAUUUGAGCCUGAUGAUUGUAGGGAAAUAGUCAUGCAUGCAAUCACAGAGUGGGGAGCCUAACAUCAUGCUGAAUAGUCAUUGGGUGAGAAAGCUUUGAAAGGGGGAAUUGCUUUCUGACAUUUUCUGGACCUUUAGCACCUAGAAUUAUUUUUUUCUCCAAGGCUGAUUUUUCUUUUCAAUUUGACCUAAUCUUUGCAGUUGAUUUCCUUUAGCCCAACUUGAGCCUUUAAGUUUGAAUAAUGGUUUCUGGCUUGCUAAGAAACUCAUGUACAAAAUCCCUGGUCUGUGUGAAACAUUUUAUAGUACAUAAAAACUUUGAAUCAUGGGAGUUUUCCAUAAAAACCAUAAUUUAAAGUGUCUGCCAUGAACGUGAACUAGUUACAUGUUUAUAUUCACUAGUUUAUCACCACCUUGUAAGAUAGUGUGAAAUGAGGACAUUCUUUAAAGUAUUUUCAUAGUAGUAUGUUUGAAUGAAUAUUAGAAAUACUAAAAAUUUUAAGUAGCUUAAGACAGUCUUUGACUCUUUCUGUGGGGAAGUUUAUGAUGGGGACUAUUCGUGUUGACAGUUGAUGGGCUGCUCUUUAAAAUUGUUUGAUGAUUAUAUUCUUGGAGGUAAGAUAUUUUUGGGUGAUUAUAGCUCCAUAAAAGCAACAAGUCAGAGUAA